CAAUAAUUAUGCCUGACAACGUAAAUAACAUAGAGGCCAAUAGGCAAACCCCUAAAUUCAAUUUCAAUAGUCCAGAAUUUUCUGGAAAUUCUCAGAAUGUAGAGUGGUUCCUGAACCAAAUUAAAGAUCUAGUAAAAUUAAAUCAAUUUGAUAAUCCGGCUGCAUUAUACUUAUUAAAAUCAAAAUUGUCUGGGGCUGCUCUCACUUUUUUUCAGAAUUCACCUCCAUGUAGGGUGGUCACAAAGUUCGAGGAUGCAUGUCAGCUGCUUCAAAAUUUUUUCAAACAAGAAGAUUCUUCCUCGGCUGACUUGGCAAAAUUUCAGGCAAUCAGCCUUUUGCCCUCUGAAACUAUCAAAAAUUUAGAAUAUAGGAUAGAUUCUCUUGCCCAUAAGGCAUAUAACUUUAUAAAUGACCAAACUGCUUUGUCUCGGAUAAAAGCCAUGCAGUUCUUAUCUGCAAUCCCUUUGCACCUUAAGGAGACUAUUCUCAUUGAGGGAAUACAAGAUUACCGCGAGAUGGUCAAAAGGGCCAAUCAUAUUGUGACAAUUCAACAAUCAUUAGCUGGAUCGGCUACUCCUUUAGUCGCAGCUCAUGCGGUGACUCAGUGUGCUUCUGCUGCACCUGAUCAGCUCACCUUAAUUUCAAAACAACUCGAAAUGCUGACAACAAGAAUUGAGACUAUGCAGUCUAAUUGUAAUAUAUGUCAGAAACCCCACAGCACUAAAUUAUGUCCCCUUUUACUUCACCCUGUACAGAACCAGGAUCGGGUUGGACAUGAACAACCUCGACCAACUCCAAACCUUCACUGUGUUUUCUGUAAUAGGUCUGGGCAUAUCAUGAGUGUGUGUCGAACGUAUCUCAGACAUUUAAGACAAAAUUCAUUCGGGCCAUUGGCGAUGCAUUCUUUUCCGCCACAGUUCCCCAUGGUUUCUCCCAGGUUCACUGCACCGCAGUAUCCACCACCACCGAUUCCUAGUCAAAAUGAACAAUUUAGACCGAGGGUUAAUAAUAAUACUAAUUAUAGAGGUAACAAUCCUUUAAACUCUCGCAGGAGGCAGUAGGGGAUGGCCCUGUCUUCUCAUCCAACAAACCAUCCAAAAUUUUUGAUAUAAAUUAGUUCAUGUCAAAAUCUAUGCAUAAUUCAAAUGUAACCAUUAGGGAGUUUUUGACUAACUGUGACUAUAAAGAGAAUAUUGAGCACAUAAAUAUUGUUUCACAUGAAAUUAAUCUUCCUACAAUUGCAUCUAACUUUAAAAAUGUUAAUGUAAAUUUUCUAC